AGUCACCAUUUCCUAAUUAUUUUACUACGAUUUGCAAUAACUAUAUUCUUGAGAUUUUUUUAAGUCUAUUGUACUUCUCUAGUGUUGCACAUCACCUCUCAAAAAUCUACAUUCAGUUGGAAGCUGAAAAUCAGUGGGAGUAUUUAUACCAUGAAAAUCAGCAGAUGCUACAAGCAAGGGCUCCACACUGACAACUCCCAGCCGGUUGUAAAGCUUUUGCCAGCAACCUGUGGGCCAGGUGUCCUCAGGAUGAAAAUUAGAUUAGCUCUGAAUCCUAUGCUUGUGAGGGGAUGAGACAAAUGAGUGGAGACUAGCUGACCACAAGCAGUAACUUAGAAACUUCAAAGCCGGGGAAUUGCACCCUUAGGGGUGUUUCUCCCCCAGGGAGCUGUGAUAAUGUUUUUGUUGACUUGGCUGAGCUAAGGGAGGCCCAGAGAGCUGUUAAAACUUUAUUUCUGGGUGCGUACAGGAAGUUGUUGCCAGGAGAGAUUAGCAUUAAAUUACGUAGUAGACUGAGUAAAGAGUAUCUUCCCCCAAUGUGCACAGGUGUCACCCAGUGCAUUUUGAGGGCCCAAAUAGCACAAAAAGGUGGAGGGGGAAAUUCUGUUUCUCUUCCGGAGCUGGGAUGUCCACUUUCUCUUGUCUUGCUCUGAAUAUCAGACAUCGGAGCUCCUGGUUCUCCAGGAGGCCUUCAGACUCUGGAGAGGCCCUGAUUCUCUUGCCUUCACAUUGGACUGAAUUAUACAACCACUUUCCUGGUUCUCCAGUUUGCAGAUGGCAGACCAUGGGACUUCUCAGCCUCCAUACCUCGGUUUUACAGCUCUUUAAAACAUUGCACAGGACCAGACAACAAGUUUUUAAAAAUGAUACCAAAGCAUUAGAAGCUAAUAAAAAUAGGUUCCGAUGUGGAAUUGUUGCUCAGAACAUCUGUUAUACAAGGUAUUCACACAGACAACAAUACACUGAGGUAGUUCUUUGCUGUACCAUAUUGUUCUAUACAUCCCUGGCUCCUGCCCACUAAAUUUCAGUAGCACUCUUCAGUUGGUAUGACCUCCCAAAACACCCUCAGUUGAAAACCACUGUUCUAUAACAUUUAGAAUCUUUAAGUUAUGAAAGCCAUCUUGCCUUUUCUAUAGUAAGUCAUAUAAAAACAUUUUCCAGUUGAUGGUCUUAAUUAUUAAUAAUCUGUAAUCAGAUGCUGAUAAUGUGCUUUAGCUGAAUUCUGGUUGGUUAUUUAAUUAGUUUAUUUAAUAAAUAAGUGAUAAAGGUUAAGUUGGCCAUACAUGUUUUUAUAAUAAUUUGAAAUGAGAAUCCUACUGUCUUCAUUUAAAAUCAAGGACUCCACCUUUGAAGUUAGCUGAAAUAAAAUAUCCAUGGAAAAUUUGCCUUAAAAUUCCAUAUAUUCUUGUUACAAAUUUUAGGGGGAAUAAGCAUAUUAGUAUUUAAUUUUUUUUAAUUUUAAUGAUGUUAAUUAUUCCUUUCUUGUUUUGUUUUGUU